AUGAUGCAGAGCGCAAGACAAUUGUUAUGGACUUUGACAAUGAUGCAGUUGCUCCUGGCAGUAGUUGGUCUGGAAUGCUAUGCCUGCGACUCAGCCGAGGAUGCUGAGUGCGCAACACGGCCUGGCCAGCAGCUGGAGGUGGAAGAGUGCAGCCAAUCGAAUGAUGAGUGUGUGACCUCUAUAACGGCGGGCCUCACGCGUCGCGGCUGUUUGCAUCGCCUCUAUCCGAACGGCUACUGUGCAGAGCCCUGCGACCGCUGCAAUACGAGUCUCUGCAAUCGGCACAUCUUUCCAGCGGAUCGCCUACGCUGCUAUCAGUGCAACGGCGCCACCUGCAUCGAUGUGAGUACACGGCCCGAAUUGCUGCUGCCCUGCCCCAUCUAUAACGAGAAGGAUCGCUGCUACACCAACAUUUUGCACCUGAGCAACACGCAGCGAGGUUGUGAGCACACCAAUCUGCCCGCGGACUGCCCCCAUGUCUGCCUCAAGUGCAACUACAAUGGCUGCAAUGCGGAGCUAACGGUCAGCGAAAGCCACUGUCUCCAGUGCACAUCGAAUCGUCUGUCGGGCAAUCCCGAUUGCCAGCGCGAACAGCUGCCCGAGUUGCCCAACAAAUGUGAGCUGUCCAAUGCAACUGUGACGCAGUGCGUCAACAAGGUGAUGUUCGGGCAUCGGGAGCGCUGCUAUACGCAUCACAAUAGCCAAACGGAGGUGCUGCAACGCGGCUGCUCCACUACCAUGGGCUUCUUUCCCUCAGGUCAGCUGCACGAGUGCUAUGGCGACAAUUGCAAUGCCCAAUGCCAGGAUAUUGCUUGCGCCACCUGUAACUCCACCAGCAAUCCUAAUUGUCGUAGCGGACAUGCCCUGAAGAGCGAACAGUGCGCCCCGGGCACCACGGCCUGUUAUUCGUGCGAGCAAGGUUUAUGCCCGGUUGUCUUUAGGUGGUUUCUUUUGUUGAGUCCACUCUUUUAUAUGAGUUUCUUGUUCUUUCUUUGCACAGAUACGCUGCUGCGUCGCGGCUGCGCGGAUGCUGACUUUGUGGCCAGCACCGGCGAGGAAUGCCAGCUGUGCCGCAACAGUGACGGCUGCAACCGUUGGUCGGUGCGCAGUUGCUAUCGGUGCAAUUCGCAGGAACAUGGCGAGGACUGCGCUGCCAUGCAGCAGCCGAGCGCCAUGGCGCUGAGCAACUGCAGCAGCCCAGCCGAGCUCUGUGUGAGCACCGUAGUUAGCCGGCUUCAGUUGGUCUAUACGGUACGUGGCUGCGCAGGCGAGGUGCCUGAGUGCACCGCUAACGAUCCUUACUGCGUGCGUUGCAAUGGCACUCUGUGCAACAGUGCGCCCACCAAAUGGCUGCAACAGCAACCGCAACAACAGCAGGCGGUGGGCGUUACAAAGGGCGUACAACGUCUACUCGCGUAUCUAUGGCCCAAUCUAUGAGUAAUUAGCAGCAAUUAUUUACAAAGCACUUUUUUUGAUGAAUAAACAAUGAGCGACAAAAUUCAUACACACACACACCUCCCUAUACACCCCAAACCUUAUCCCUGCCGGCCACCCUGGAACAAAACCGUAAUGUUGAUAAGCACGCUGACCAGGCGGAUGUGGAGGAAGCGAAGAGGCGUCAUUAACGGUUGCCAACCGGCAACAGAAAUAAGAAAACAAAAUACGCCCCUCGAAACCAACGCAAACGAAAAAGAGAGUGGAAGAGCAAGAGAGACCGAGCGAGAGUGAGAGUUAAUGGAAAAGAAGAACGUGUGUGAGAGAUUCAAAACAGGGCUGAACGAACACAGGGC